AUGGAGGAUCUAUACCGGAUCUUUAGCAAAUACAGAAAGGUCAUUGAUGUCUACAUCCCAACUAUCCCUGGUUCCCUAAAACCGAGGGGUUUUCGCUUUGCUAGAUUUCGAUAUGAGCAGGAGGCAAAGAAUGCCAAGGAUGUGCAAAAUGGGAAAAGAAUCGACGGAAGAGCUGUAGAAAUCAGAUGGCCAGAUCUAAAGUUUCCGAAAGGGGACCGGUACAUAGCCGAAGUACCUUUAUGCAGGGGAAGUAGAGAGACCAGCCAUCUCAGAAUAACACAUAUGCUGCAGCAGUUCAAUCGGCGGCUCAGUCGGUUUCGAGGCAGAUUUCUAACGAGGCAGAAGCGAAGACAAUAA